AUGUCAAAAUGUCAAAUUCACGGAAACCUUAUCCAUGUACCUUCGACUCCUCUGCAUUCAAUAAGCAGUUCGUGGCCCUUUUACAGCUGGGGACUCGACAUCAUUGGAAAGAUCAACCCGCCGUCUUCAAAGCAUCACGAGUACAUAAUAACGGCAACUGAAUAUUCCACCAAAUGGGUUGAAGCCAUACCUUUACGAGGAACUACUGGAGCCACAAUCGCGGCAUUCAUUAAGGAGCACAUCAUCUGGCGAUUCGGCGUGCCUAAACAUAUCAUCACCGACAACGCACUUCUUUCGUCAACAAGCAAUCAGACAAUGCAUGAUAAUCCUCGGACAUGGCACGAACAAUUACCAAUGGCACUCUGGGCGUAUCAGACAUCACCAAGAAGCUCCACUGGCACCUCUCCCUACUCCCUUGUCUACGACGCCGAUGUCGUCCUCCCAGCAGAAGUUGAAAUCCCAUCAGCUAGGAUUGCCGAAGCAGGCGGAGUUCGAUGGAAUGAAGCCGAAGCAUUGAGCGCCAGGGUAACAGAAUUGGACACUAUGGAUUCCAGAAGAUCCAAGGAGGAAGAGAACGCACAAGCGUACAAAAUAGGGUUUCCAGAGCAUAUAAUAAAACUGUGA